AUGGACUUCGGGGCCUUGGAGACCGUGGUGGCCAAUUCUGCCUUCAUCGCUGCCCGGGGCAGCUUUGAUGGGAGCAGUGUCCCAUCCUCCCGGGACAAGAAGUACCUGGCCAAGCUCCGGCUGCCCCCGCUGUCCAAGUGCGAGGGCCUCCGUGAGAGCCUCAGCCUGGGGUUUGACAGUGUGUGCUUGGAACAGCCCAUUGGGAAGCGGCUCUUCCAGCAGUUCCUGGGGAUGGACAAGAGGCACGCACCGGCCUUGGGGCUCUGGAGGGACAUCGAGGACUACGACAUGGCCGACGAUGACCUGCGGCCGCAGAAGGCACAGGCCCUCUUGGCCGAGUACCUGGACACCCGGGCGGAGCUCUUCUGUGGCUUCCUGGAGGAGGGCGCUGUGGCGAGGGUGAGGGAGGGCCCGGCGGGGAGCCAGGAUGGGCUCUUCCAGCCGCUGCUGCAGGCCACCCUGGCGCACUUGAGCCAGGGCCCCUUCCAGGAGUUCCUGGGCAGCCUGCACUUCUUGAGGUUCCUGCAGUGGAAGUGGCUUGAGGCACAGCCCAUGGGUGAGGACUGGUUCCUGGACUUUAGGGUGCUGGGCAAGGGUGGUUUUGGGGAGGUGUGGGCCUGCCAGAUGAAGGCCACUGGCAAGAUGUAUGCCUGCAAGAAGCUCAACAAGAAGCGCCUGAAGAAGAGGAAGGGGUACCAGGGUGCCAUGGUGGAGAAGAAGAUCCUGGCCAAGGUGCACAGCCGCUUCAUCGUCUCCCUGGCCUACGCGUUCGAAACCAAGACGGACCUCUGCCUGGUCAUGACUAUCAUGAACGGAGGUGACAUCAGGUACCACAUUUACAACAUGGAUGAGGAGAACCCCGGCUUCCCAGAGCCCCGCGCUAUCUUCUACACGGCCCAGAUCAUUAGCGGCCUGGAGCAUCUGCACCAGAGGCGCAUCGUCUACCGCGACCUCAAGCCAGAGAAUGUGCUGCUGGACAACGAUGGCAAUGUGCGGAUCUCUGACCUUGGGCUGGCUGUGGAGCUGCAGGAAGGGCAGAGCAAGACCAAGGGCUACGCGGGGACCCCAGGCUUCAUGGCCCCCGAGCUCCUUCGGGGUGAAGAAUAUGACUUCUCCGUGGACUACUUUGCCCUGGGGGUCACACUGUAUGAGAUGAUCGCAGCCAGAGGGCCCUUCCGUGCCCGUGGGGAGAAGGUGGAGAACAAGGAACUGAAGCAGCGGAUCCUCUCAGAGCCCGUCAAGUACCCCGAAAAGUUCAGCCAGGCCAGCAAAGACUUCUGUGAGGCGCUGCUGGAGAAGGACCCCACACGGCGCCUGGGCUUUCUCGAUGGGAGCUGUGAUGGGUUGCGUGUGCAUGCCCUCUUCGGGAGCAUCAGCUGGAGGCAGCUCGAGGCUGGGAUGCUCAUCCCUCCCUUCAUCCCAGACUCCAGGACCGUCUAUGCCAAGAACAUCCAGGACGUGGGGGCCUUUUCCACUGUCAAAGGCGUGGUCUUUGACAAAGUGGACACGGAAUUCUUUCAGGAAUUUGCCUCUGGCAACUGCCCCAUUCCCUGGCAGGAGGAGAUGAUUGAGACAGGCAUCUUUGGGGAGCUGAACGUGUGGCGUGCUGACGGCGAGAUGCCUGAUGAUAUGAAGGGGGUUGCCACGGAGCAGGUGGCCCCUGCAUCCAAGUCGGGAAUGUGUCUGGUCUCCUAG